AGCCUCCCUUUCCAAAAAAUACAACACAGCAUCACAGCACAAGACCACCAGCCUACACCUGACAGCUGUAUACUCAGUAUGGUAGUGGGACAGCUUAAGGCAGAUGAUGACCAGGUUCUAGGCUUCCAGCAAACCUUUUUGUUGAAAAGUUUUCACGGUGCUUGGGUGUGCACCAACGAAGUCUUCAGGCUAGCCCUCCACAACGCUGAUGAAGAUCCUAUCAUGGGAUUCCACCAGAUGUUUCUAUUAAAGAACAUCAACGAUGCCUGGGUUUGCACCAAUGACAUGUUCCGGCUAGCACUGCACAACUUUGGCUGA